AUGGCUCAAGCUAUGGUGCGCUUAGGUGUGUUUUUGGUCAUCCUCUUGAUGCUUGUUGCGGCAGAGGCAGCAACUUCUCAUCCAAAGCCUAAGAAAGUCAAGUGCCAAGACAAAAAGUUUUACAAGUGUUACCACAAAGACCUCUAUUGCCCUGCAUCAUGCCCCCGCACUUGUGUUGUGGAUUGUAAGAAAUGCAAACCUGUUUGUAAGGCGCCGCCGCCGCCACCACCACCUCCACCGCCACCGCCACCAAGACGUAGGCACCCUCCUCCGCCUCCAAAGUAUUAUCAUCGUUCACCCCCUCCGCCUCCAAAGGCGUACCCCUCACCACCACCUCCACCUUCAGUUGUUCCUACUCCCCCUCCUUCCACUACCACUCCACCUCCACCCCCUACUUCUACUCCUUCAUCUCCAACACCUCCUGCUUCCACGCCAUCACCUCCACCACCCACUACUUCUACACCACCUUCCUCAUAUCCUCCACCUCCCCCUUCUUCAGAGACCUCUGGAGAAAAGAGAAAAUGCAAGAACAAGAACUACCCUCAUUGUUAUGGCCUAGAGCAUACAUGUCCUAGUGCUUGCCCUGAGCAAUGUGAAAUUGACUGCGUCACAUGCAGUCCUGUUUGCAACUGCAACAGGCCAGGGGCUGUGUGUCAAGACCCCAGAUUCAUUGGUGGUGAUGGAAUAACCUUCUACUUCCAUGGCAAGAAAGACCAAGACUUCUGCAUAGUUUCUGAUCCAAAUCUCCACAUCAACGCCCACUUCAUUGGCAAGAGAAACCAAAACAAGAGGGACUUCACUUGGGUGCAGUCUUUAGGGAUCCUCUUUGGAAACCACAAACUCUUCAUCGGUGCCAAAACCACGUCAAUUUGGGAUGGCUCCAACGACCGUCUCUCCUUAUCCAUCGACGGCGAACCCAUAAACCUCCUGGACAGCGAAGGUGCUAACUGGCAAUCAAUCUUAUCACCAGGAGCACUCAGCAUCAAACGAACGAAAAACACAAAUUCGAUAGAAAUCGAAGCUGAAGGGAACUUCAAGAUCAAAGCAGUGGUGGUGCCUAUAACAGAAAAAGACUCCAUGAUCCAUAAAUAUGGGGUUACACAAGAGAAUUGCUUUGCUCAUCUUGACUUGAGCUUCAAGUUUUAUGCCCUAAGUGGGGAAGUGAAUGGUGUUUUGGGCCAAACAUAUGCAAGCAACUACGUGAGUAGGGUUAAGAUGGGUGUGGUGAUGCCUGUUUUGGGUGGCGACAAAGAAUUUGCAUCCUCUAGUAUCUUUGCCUCUGAUUGUGCGGUUUCAAGGUUUAGUGGGGAAUUUGUUAAGAACAACUCUUCAGAGAGCUUUGAGUAUAUGAAUUGUGCUAGUGGGAAGGAUGGCCGUGGAGUUGUUUGUAAGAGGUGA